AUGGGCGGGCUGGGGACGUCACCCAGGUGCACGGGCAGACUGGGGCAUCGAGGCAAUGCCAGCUUGGUGCAGAGGCUGACUAGGGGCCGCUACCUGUCCCUGGAGCAGGUGCGGGAGCUGGUGCAGCCCUCCCCGGCUGCGCUCAUGACCGUGCUCAAGUGGCUGCAGGGCCACGGCGUGGGGAGCUGCAGCACUGUGAGCACCCUGGACUUCCUGGAGUGCCGCAUGCCCACCAGCACAGCUGAGCACCUCCUGCCAGGGGCCGAGUUCCACCGCUAUGUGAAAGGUCGGCGCAGCGUUGUGCGCUCCCCACUUCCCUACAGCGUCCCUGAGGAGCUGGCCGAGCACAUCGACUUUGUGGGGGGUCUGCACCGGUUCCCUGCAGAGAGGAAGGUGGUCAGCAGAGCCUGGGCCAAGAAGGAAGCAGAACCAAGGCAGCACCAUGGAGGGAAAGCGGCUUUCCACCUGGGUGUGACACCCUCCAUCAUCCGUAAAAGAUACAACAUGACAGGAGGAGAUGUCGGGGUACUGGCAAACAACAGCCAGGCCUGUGCGCAGUUCCUGGAGCAGUAUUUCCACCAGGCGGAUGUGGCUGAGUUUAUGCAGCUCUUUGGCAGCAGCUUUGGCCACCGCUCUCAGGUUGACCGUGUGGUUGGGCACCAGGGCUGGGGCAAGGCUGGGCUGGAGGCCAGUCUGGAUGUGGAAUACAUCAUGAGCACAGGAGCCAACAUUUCCACAUGGGUCUUCAGCAAUGCAGGGAGGCACGAGAGCCAGGAGCCCUUCCUGGCCUGGCUGCUGCUGCUCAGCAACAUGUCCGCGCUGCCCGGCGUGCACUCCGUGAGCUACGGCGACGACGAGGACAGCCUGUCGCGCGCCUACCUGCAGCGCGUCAACGUGGAGUUCAUGAAGGCAGCCGCGCGGGGCCUCACCGUGCUCUUUGCCUCAGGGGACGAUGGCGCUGGCUGCAGGAGGGUGUCCAGGGGCAACCACACUUUCCGGCCCAGCUUCCCAGCCUCCAGCCCCUACGUGACCACUGUCGGGGGCACAUCCUUCAAGAACCCCUUCCUGGUGACCGCAGAGGUGACAGAUUACAUCAGUGGAGGGGGCUUUAGCAAUGUUUUCCCCAUGCCUGAAUACCAGGUGAGGCAGCCCCUGCCCUGCUACUCCCAGGGGUUUCUGAUGGGAUCGUGGGUUGUGCCGGACUCGCAGGAGCGAGUGCUGGGCUGUGCUCCGGAUCUGGGCUGGGGCCAGGCGGGAGCAGGAUGA